GACAGGAAAUCAAAUUUUUGACUGAGUCCUAAUUCCGAGUGUUUUUCCUUAUAGACGAGGAAGAGGAAAAAUGGCCGAUAGAUCGGAAGAACAGAAACACGCUGCGGGAGAUAAUAAAAAUUUUCCAGCAUCUACAGCACAGAUGGAUUCUUUAGCAACGAAAAUUCAGAAUUUAGAUUUAAGUAAUGCGAAGCAGUCAGAUUUUGACACAUUUCAGCAGGUUGCGAUGAACAUUGAUGGAUUUGAUAAAGAAAUGGUUGACGUCAUUGCCGGAAACCUUUUCAAUUUUGUGUCAAAGAAUUGGUUAUUAGCCGAAAACGCUUCUCAUUUAUGUAAAGCCCUGUGUUCUUCAGAUUCGCAAUUUUCAGAUGAUUUCAGAGCUAUAUUUUUGACUAAAUUACAAGCAGGCUACAUGGCACGAGCCGAGCAGCGAAAUACGGACAUUGGUCUGGGUUAUGCUGCAAUUUUAUGCCAGUUUUAUGCAAACGUGUUUUUAAAGGAUGGAUCGCGGAUCUCAACUCUGAUUCAGCCUAUACUAGACACUUUACAUAUGCUGACGGAUUGGAACGCUACUGACCAAGAAAUUUUAGUCGCCUCCAGACAACUGAUGGCCAUAGGACCCCUCUUGGAAAAUGAACGACGCUUGUCUGAUAUUUUUAGAACUAUCGAAAACAGAGUUAUUGAUGCCACGGGCAGCGAAGAUGCUAGACGCAAGUUGCUAAGUGUUGUAAAGGCUAAGUCGUCCAAUUGGCAGCUAAGAGAAGAAAUUUUAAAGAAAUGGGAGCCAGGACAUCUGUAAUUAAGAAGCUAUGAUUAUACAUUGACAGUCGUAUCUAUUUUAUCAUUUGGGCGCAUUUUUCAAACAUAUUUUUAGAUUUUAUCUAAAUUACAACCGUUUGAGAAAUUCAAGACAAAGUUUAGAAAUGUAUGUGAAAUAGUUCUCUGAGAUAAAAAAAAACUUAUAUUAUUAACUACUUACUUGAAUAAAUAUAAUGUUAUUCU